AUGGCUUCCUUACAGCAGCAGGCCGACGCGAUCCGUACGGCUGUCGCCUCGUGCUCAACCUGCACACCUGCCACCGUUGUCUCCCUCAAGUCCCUCCUUCUCCCACCAACAGAAUCCGACCUAAAACCGAUCUCAUCUUCGGCAAGGACGACAUCACGAGCCGCACAAUCGCGACCAAACACGGCCAGCGGCCCCUCCAGGCCCGGCACUGCCGCGGCAAAACGACGGCCGGCUGCACGGCCAGCCGACGAGACACGUGCCGAGCAGCUCGCGCCCAAGGAAAAGGCCCAGCUCGCCACUCAUGUCGUCAAUGCCACGCUGAAAGCCCUCACCGAAGCCUCGAAGCCGCGAACACCACCGACGCCAGCGCCAAAGCCAGCCGCAGCCGGCGACGACGAUGCUGCACCGCCCAAGACUGCCAUAACCGGACGGUUACGAAGGUCCAUGUCCGCACCCUUGAUACCACUGCAGCCGCGUGCUUUCAACCGCGUCGUGACCUCGCCGACAAAGUCGUCCCUCACAGCCGCACAGCCGAACGCAUCCGCGAACAGCCACGGACCCUAUCUCGCCACGGUCGAGUGCGCCCGCGUCGCCUUUCUGACGCUGCGGACGGUGCAGGAUGCCGGCCAGGUCACGUUGCCCGACCUCCAGCUCGAGGCUGGCAUGUCUUCGUUUGUCGCCAAGCUCAUCGGCUUGGGGAUGCUGGACCAGGCCUGCCGUGAGCUGCGUGUCCUCAAAGGCCGUCUCACCGGACGUCUGGAGGAACGGUCUUCGCGCACUACAUCAAGAUCGGCCGUGACUACAUCGAAUGCGACGAAAACCACCAGGCCGAGGGAAACGAAAGAGACGUCUGCUGUUGCUGCUACUUCAGAGUCGCCAAGCGACCUUUUAGACUAUGGGGAUGUGGCGGGAACCACCACCCCCGCUCUGCGUCUGGUUGUGGCUUCGCAGCUGCAGGCCCUCCGUAUACUCGUUGCCCUGAAGAAGCCGUCGCACGUGGACGCCUCACUCAUUUUCCUACGGCGUAGCUCCAGAUCCUCGGCUCUACACACCGUGCUGCGCUGCGUCAAGGCGGAGGCAACACUUCCGGCCGAGCAGCAGAAGGCAUUGCGACAACUCGAGACGCUUUCCCAGCUGCUCUUGGCUCUGACACCCAGCAUCGCCAGCAAAGACGACUCGUCCGCCCUGGAACCGAAGCUCAGCAUCGCACCAUCUGCUGCAUUGGAGCUCCAGGUACUCAGUCUGGAGGCAAGACUGUGCCAUUGGAGGCUCUCGGCGCAAGCAAAGCAUGAUGCAGACAAAGACAUCGUGUCGCCGUUCGCCCGGUGCCUGUCGACCUACGCUCGACGAUGUCGCUCAGCAGGCAAGCUGUCGUACUCGUUCUGUCGGCGGUGCUUCGACCAUGCCGAAGAGCUCUUGGCCACCGACAAACACACCAUCUCGAGAACGUCCAAGUCUCCGCUGGCAAGCAUCUACCAGACCCUCAGUGCGACAGCACGCGAGACCGGCCAUCUGGACGACGCCAUCCACUGGGCUUCAGAAUAUCGUGGCCUUCUGACUGCCAGCGAGGAUUCGGCCGCUCGGCGCUGCUCGGCUGCAGCACUGCUGCUUUCUCUGCAGCUGAAAAAGCCCGAGGCACAUCUGCAAAGCAGCCAUGCACUAUUAACCGACGUUCUCGAGUCCGUCAAAGGAUCGCUGAAGGGCGAUACUGUCGAGCUGGAGGAGCUGCUUGUGAAUGUGUGUCUGGUCCGGAAGGCGGCUAUGAAUCUGCUGAUCAGCCAAGGCAAGAAGGACACUGGCGACAGCAGUACUAACAUCGUGCCUGAGUCAACUCAGCGGCUGAUGGAGACGUUCAUCCACCAGUGCCCUCGGUUCUGUCUCCGAUGGCUCGGCAAGCCUCCGGCGGCUAAGAGCUGCACCAAAGACUUUCUGCGAUACGAGCAGCGCCGACAGCUUCUUUCACAAUCGAUUCGCCCGACGCUGGACUCGGCUUUUGUCGUCACCAAGACGAUGAUUGAGGAAAGCCGCAUGGUCUGGGACCAAUUGGACGCCGUGCUCGGCGACUCUCUGACCGUCCUCGAGUACCUAGGCGACCUCAAAUCCACGGCCGACGCAGCCUCGUCUUAUUACGUCAAGAUCUCCCAUUUCUACUACCUCAACUACAACGCCCUGCGCAAAGCAAAAGAGUCGGAGCUGGAUGCCCUCAAGGCGCUUCGGAGAGCGGUCGACUGUGUCAAGCACCGGUCUGCUGCCGAGAAGGAAAGGGCACAUCUCAUUCCCAAACUCGAGCGGCUGGGAGAUAUGUGCAAGUCCACGGGUCAAAUUGGUGAGGGCCUAGGCGCCUUUCAGUCGAUUCGAUCGUCUCUGGUAGACGACGGGGUCCUGGCUCAGACGGUAACGUUGCUGAAAACCCAGCCCCCCAGCCUUGCUUGGACGGCCAACAGUCAGGUCGAGACGCUGUCGCGUGCGCUCAUCACUAUUUCUCGACUGGAGCAGGUGCAGAUGGACUGGACGGGCGGCCUGGAGGAAGAAGAGCGAGCAGCCGUGCUGGAGCAUGAGCUGCACUUCAUCUGUCUCGGCGGCAGCAGCUCCAAGAGCUCUUCGCAGCGGAUCACCCUGACACAGCCCUGUGUCGAAUCCCUCCUUCGAAUCUACUACCCCACGCGCUUUCCAAUUCGAAGGCUGCGGACUCUCCUCCGACUCGUCUCGGUCAACAUCGACACGCCAGAGGUGCUGGCGGACAUCCAGCCCCAGCUGACAGCCGUCCUGGGCCUUGUCAGCGGUCAGGGUCUAGGAGACGAUGAAACACUCGCGGGCUACUUGCCUCAUUACCAAGCACUAGCCAACUCCCUGUCCGGCUUUGGGGAGGGCUACUCUGACGUUCCAGGACUGGAGUCGUGUCUCGCAACGUGGAGGUCUCUCCUGGCUUCUAGGCCGACAAGGGCAGACCUAGAGCAGGUGAUCGACAGCAUCUCGGACCUCCAAAUGCACCUGCAAUCCGUUGCUGAGUUCAUGCGUGCGAUGGGCCGGGACGCCAUUCUCACCCAAGUACUGGAACUGUCUUCACGUCUCUGCAGCAUUUCAUCCGACGGGUACCGGCGCCUCCAGAUAUCCAAUGACACCUUGCUAGCAUCGCACUACGUCCGCAUAGGGGAGAGCCUGAAGGCAGAGCAGAUCCUAGGGAGUGUCAGCAGCCAUAUCGAACAGGGGUCCCAGGCACCCGAACUGGUAGAAACGGUGGCAAACUUCCACCUGUCCUUCGCCGAAUACCUGAUUGCCGUGGGCCGUCUCGACGAAGCACACCAUCACUUGGUAGAGGUUAAGCCGUCUGCGGCCGACGCAACGACAAAGUCUGACGGGCCACACAGAAGAACAAGAAUACUCGGGGCCCGUGCCUCGAUGUUGCAGUCGAUUCUUGCGUUGGAGAGAGGGGACGCGGAUCUGGCUUUGCAAAGCGCAAGAAGUGGCGUCCGCAUGCUAUUUCACGAUUGGAGCCGGUUAGAGAAGGCGAUGCUGCUGAAGAACGAGGACGGAAGCGUGAACAUGUCGGUGGCAUCCGAAGACGUGUCGACCGUUUCUGUCACAGGAUCGCGAACAGCUGCAUCGCCCGAGUUUUGGACGCUCUUCCACCCACUGUUCGAUGGCAUGAUGCGUCUUUCGUCCAUCUAUGCCCACCUCGGCAUGUUCCAGGAGACGGUCUACUAUGCCGAGCAAGCACAGAAGAUAGCGACGGCAACGAACGGCGCUCUGUGCUUGGCCCAGUCUGAGGCCUGGCUGAGCAGCGUCUGGCUCCGAGCCAGCAAGCCAGACCGGUCUUCGGAGCUGGCUGCCGUCGCACGUUCUCGGAUGGCUAAGAUCGACCAGACUGGCCGAAAGGCAGCGUUGGCCUGCGAGCUCGGCGGCUUGUUCCGCGAGAUCAAGGACGAAGAAGGGGAGACGGAGAUGAUCCGACUGGCCGAGGCCAUCAUCGAGCACAUGUCUGAUGGCUCUGGCACAGCCGCGAUGCCAGAGGCAGACGUGGUGGUAGGGAAGACGACCAGGGCGACGACAGCACGAAGGGCAAAGACAGCCGUGGCCACGAAACCGGCGACAGCCACCAGCCGCCGCAAGGCGGCAGCGAAGUCAACGAAGAAGGCAGUCGACGCGCCAGCGCCUGUUCCUGCCGUCGGGGCCGUGGCCGAAAAUGCAGCAGUGGUGGGACUCCGAGAUGCAGUGCUGCUGAACCAGGCCAUGUCGCUCUUGAACAACAAGGACUGGUCAGCGGCAUUGGCGAUUCUGCAGGCAUCAUCAGCAGGAUCGGAUGUCUGCACUCUGCCCAAGACGCGGGCAGAGACACUCGUGGAACAGGUGACGCUUGCGGCUUGUCUGCUGGGCUACAGCACGGAGCAGAUGGCACGCGAUGCCGUCUUUUCGGUCAUUCCGGACUCGACUCUCUCGUUUCCGGCCGUCAGCAGCGGCAGCAGCAGCACGACGACAGCCUCGAAGAUGCCGAGUGGUGCGCAGGGGUUCGUGGACAGCCUGCUGGAGGCGCAGAGCCGGCUGAUCGAGGCACAGGCCAUGGCCGCUAUGUCGGGCGAUGCCAGCACGCUUCACCGGAUCUCGAGCAUGCUGCAGAGCGCGGUGAUCACGCUCUCGGCCAUGUCCUGGAGCACACCACGAGCGGUGAGCGAGCCGGCCUAUGCGACCUGCUCGGUGGAGCUGGCCAGGAACAUGACGUGGCGGCGAGAACGCAAGGCUCUCCUGGUGGAGAAGGCGUCGACAUGGCGCCCCGACGCGAUCGAAGAGAGCACGGCAGACAGCCGACGGUGCAGCCUGGGCCUGUCGACGGCAGAUAUCGGGCGGUUCCAGCGCGACUACAUCGACAUCAUCCCGAAGGAGUGGAGCGUGGUGUCGCUGGCGCUGGCAGAAAACAACCAAGAUCUCUGCAUCACGAAGCUGCAGGCGGGCUCGAGUCCGUUUGUGCUCCGGCUGCCGCUAGAGAGGGCGGUUUCGCGCGAUGCCGACACGGAGGUGUUCAGCUUCCAGCAGGGCCGAUCGGAGCUGCUGGAGAUCAUCGCGGCGACCAAUGCCAGCUGCCACGACGCACGAGAUAUGACGGUGAAGGGGGCCAAGUCGGCGUGGUGGACGGAACGGACAGCCCUAGACGAGCAGCUCCGGGAGCUGCUGGACAACGUGGAGCAGGUCUGGCUGGGAGGCUUUCGCGGCAUCUUCUCGCAGCACACGCGACGGGCAGAGCCGUUCGGCCGGUUCCAGCAGACGUUUGAGGGCAUUCUCGACAAGCAUCUGCCGUCGCGGCGAACUGUCCGCGGAAAACGAGGCGGCAAGGCAGCGGCGAGCCGGUCGAGUCAUCGGGUCUCGCUGGACGGACGGACGCUGGACCUGUUUAUCGGACUGGGCGAUGCCACGGCCGAGGGCUGCGACUUUGACGACGCGCUGAACGACCUGCUGUACUUUGUGGUGGACAUUUUGCAGUUCCACGGCGAGCGCAACGCCUACGACGAGAUUGACUUUGACUCGAUGGUGAUCGAGACGUUGGACGGACUCUGCGCGUACCAUUCGGCGGUGCGUGAGCUGGACGGCCGCGACGACGGCCGCACGGCCACCGAGGCACAUGCACACACGAUCCUGGUGCUGGAUAAGGCGCUACACGUGUUUCCUUGGGAGGCACUACCGUGUCUGCAAGGCUCAGCCGUGUCGCGGAUUCCGUCGCUAGCCUGUCUGCGACAGCUGCUGGACGGACGGACGGAGAAGUCAGCUGCCAGCGGACACUAUGCGUCAGCUUCUGCCGGGGCGUACAUGCUGAACCCGUCGGGCGAUCUGGCAUCGACACAGGGAACGUUUGACGAGCCGCUGUCGGCGAGCGUGCGUGGAUCGUGGACGCGGAUCGUGGGCCGAGCACCGACGGAGGACGAGUUCGAGGCGGUGCUGCGCGACAAGGACGUGCUGCUGUACUUUGGACACGGCAGCGGCGCGCAGUACAUUCGCGGCCGGACAGUGCGCAAGCUGGACCGAUGUCGCGCGACAGCGCUGCUGAUGGGCUGCAGCUCGGCCGGUCUGGACUACAACGGCGACUUUGAGCUGCACGGCCCCGUGUGGAAUUACAUGCUGGCCGGCUGUCCGGCCGUUGUGGGCACGCUGUGGGACGUGACCGACCGGGACAUUGACCGCUUUGCCGGUCGUGUGUUUGAGGAAUGGGGGCUGCUGCCACCCGGCUCGUUUGACAAGGCUGCGACGAAGCCAGCAGCCGCAUCCAGGUCACCAGAGGCCGUGUCUCUGGUCGAGGCCAUCGUGCGGGCCCGUGAGGCUCCCCGGUUCCGCUAUCUGACGGCUGCAGCAGUCUGUGUGUACGGGAUUCCGGUAUACCUGAGGGAAUGA